AUGAACAUCACUAUCACUAAUGGUCUGCCGUGUCAAUAUGUCAGAAACCCAGGCUUCCAGCAUUUCUCAAUAUAUAAUCAAGGGUUUAAGUUUUCUGGGAGAUGUAUUCAUGGGGGCAUCUGGGGGAGGCACAUAGGUGUAGGUGUCCCCUCUCCAGUCCCCUUGUGCUGCCUCAUAUUAAGGAGCCCUGCCUUGUGCUUGCUGAUGGGUUUAUUAAUAUAUGCUAUGUACAGGUUAUUUGUAAUACAAGGUACUAAUGGAGUUUUUUUCCUAGGUGGAAGCGCAGCGAAGAAACUCUGUGUGGAUAUCAGCAGACCUGUCCCCCUGGAUAUUAAGAACUACAGGUUUUAUUCAGAGCUGGGAAAAGGAGGCUUUGGCCGGGUGAUGUUGGCUUCGUUUACACCGAAGAAGCAACUGGUAGCAGUAAAGAUCAUGCAGAAAAGUCCAGACAAGAACAACUUCAACAUCAUGAUGAAGGAGGCCCGAGUGCUGUCGGUCGCUAGAGGAAGCACAUUUUUAUGUCAUUCCUACGCAGCUUUUCAAUCAGAGCUGGAAUCCUUCUUCGUCCUGGAGUAUGCCAGCGGGAAAUCUUUAAUGCAAAUGAUUCUUCGCAAAGGAAAUCUGCCAAUGGCAAGAAUCAUGUUCUACACAGCGGAGAUGGUGGUUGCUCUCCAGUUCCUGCACUCUAAGGGCAUCAUUCAUCGUGACCUGAAACCUGACAACGUGUUGGUGGACAGAUACGGCCAUAUCAAGAUCUGUGACUUUGGCCUCGCCGCAGAGAACAUCUUUCGACCAGACAAGAACCAACGGAGUAAUAGGAACCCCUGGAUACCGCGCACCAGAGGCAGUAUUUUAAGGCAAUUCUUUGCAAUAAAGAAGAAUACGCCGUAUUACCCAUAUUAUAUGAGCAAGGAAAUGCUGGACCUCCUGCCAAAGCUUUUGGAGAUGGAUGAGAAUCAGCGGAUCGGUGUCAACGGAAACAUCAGGGAGCACGCUUUCUACAGCACAGUGAAGUGGGAAGAGCUGGAGAACCGGGAGAGUGAAGACCCCUUUCCAGCCAGGAAUGGGAAGGAAGGGCGGGUUGUUAUCACUCAGCAGCCGCUGAGCUCCCUAAUGCUACGUUUUCUCAGACCCCAGCCUUCACAAAAGACUGUGUACAACACAGGAGGGUUAGAUCUGCAUAUAGCCAAGAACAAUCACACAAUAUACGACUGUCAAGAGGGACUGUCCCUCUAA